AUGUGCGACCAGCAGCAGAUUCAGUAUUGCCUGCCACUCCCACAGGGCUGUGUCAAGGGUUCCUCCUUCUGCACCUCUCACAGUCCCUUUGCCAACACCCAGGUGGUGGUUCAAGCCCCUUAUGAGAUGCAGAUUGUAGGGUGCCCUCCACCAUGCCUGGGUCAAGAUGCCCAGGCUCCAAGUCAGCCCCAGACUUCCCAGGUGAAGGGCCAAUCUAAAACCAAGCAGGGGAAGGGCCAGGCUCCAAGCCAGCCCCAGACCAACCAGGUGAAGGGCCAGGCUUCCGGCCAGUCUCAAGUUUCCUGUGUUCAAUGCUCUGCUCCUGAACAGUCUGAAGUUACCUACCGGCAGUACGAAGCCCCACAGCCUGCUGAGACUUACUUUGUAGAGUGCUCCCCGGGUUGUUACACAGAAACCUAUUACGUGGAAUGCCCAGGCCAGAUCUAUGUACCCUGUUCAGUGCCUCAGUCUGUCCAGACAUAUGUGGAAUGUCCCCUCGUGUGCCAGCCUCAGGGAGGAUUCUCCGCCCAGCGCUCCUAUCAAGGUUCCUAUGGCAGAUGUGCUCCCCAGUUGGCGCCAGGGGCUUCCUACAGCAGUUGUGCUCCUCAAUUCCAGACACGGGCUUCUUACGGCAACUGUGCCCCUCAGCGACAGUCCCGGGCUCCAUUUCGCACUUGUGCCCCCCAGUACCAAACCCAGGGCUCCUACCGGAGCUUCUCUGCAGAGCGCCAGUCUUGGAGAGCCAGCAGGUGCGUCCCUUUGGUGCCCCGCAGCUGCUCCCCACCACGCGGCCAAUGGGAGGCCUGCUAUGGCAGAGGCCGGCCCCCGAGCAUCUCUGCAGGGUGCCCUAACUACUGCACCCCACCCCGCCGCUCUGAACCCAUCUAUGCCAGUCACUGUCCUCGGGCCCCCGCUUCAGACUGCUCUCAGAGAGGUAGACCCAAGUACCGAAUAGAGAUCUCCUCCCCCUGCUGCCCCCGGCAGGUCCCCCCACAGAGAUGUCGUGUUCAGAUUCCUCCCAUCCGAGGCCGCUCCCAGAGCUGUGCCCCACAGCCCUCCUUGGGUGCCUCCUGUCCGGAGCUGAGGCCUCGCAUAGAGCCACGUCCACUCCCAAGCUUCUGUCCACCACAGUGUCUAGACCAAUGUCCAGAGCCAUCACUGCAGAGAUGUCCUGCCCCACGUCCACGUCCACGACCAGAGUGCACAAGUCCAGAACCUUACCUGCGCCCUCUACCCCGGAGACUUUCAGAACCUUGUUUGUGUCCAGAACCACGUUCAGCCCCACGUCCAGCGCCACGUCCUCACCCAGUGCCACGGCCUCGCCCAGUGCCAUGUGAGAUUCCAGAGCCACGGCCAUUCCCGCAGGCCUGUGAGGGCCCAGAGCCUCAUCCAAGGCCAGAGCCAAUUCCCUUGCCAGCACCCUGCCGGAGCCCAGAGCCGUGUGGGGAACCUCAUCACUGGCCCAGCCCAUGCUCUAGCCCAAAUCCAAUUCCAUGCCCAGGAGACCCAGGCUGUCAUGAGUCCAGUCCACACCGCCUGGACACAGAGGCUCCCAGCUGGGGGCCACCCAGUUAUAACCAGGGACAAGGGAGUGGAGGUGGCUGUGGACCUGGUGGUUUGUUUCCAGAGCCACAGCAUCGGGGUGGUUGUGGAGACCAAGGCAACACCUGUGUGGGGGAAAAGGGUGCCUACUUUUAA